AUGAUGUUCGGCCCACUCUGGGUGUGGGUGGGCACACAGAAGUGUGUGUGUGUGUAUGUGUGUGUGUUCAGGUGUGAGCGUUGGCCUUGUAGCUGGAAUCAGAGAGAAGUCAGUGCACGGACAGUGUGGCAGGCAAAGAGCAGGUCAGAGCUCUCUGAGGGGGCCCUAACCACUGACCAUGGGGCCAACACACUGAGGGCCCCCCAGAAAUAUAAAAACCAAAGGGGAGAAGAAAAUAACUAAGAAAAAGAAGAAAAGAUAAUAUAGACAGAGAAAACAGAACAAUGGUUGCAGAGGAAGUGAUAAUUACAUUGUCUGGUGGAGCACCGUGGGGCUUUCGUCUCCAGGGAGGUUUGGAGCAUCAGAAACCGCUCCAGGUGGCGAAGGUGCGUAAACGUAGCAAGGCAUGCAGGGCUGGGCUGAGGGAAGCUGAUGAGCUGGUGUCCAUCAACGAACAGCCAUGUGGAAUGCUAUCCCAUGCUCAGGCCAUGGAACUCAUUGACAGUUCCCCUGGGAUAUUACACAUACGGGUCAAAAGGGUGCCUGCUGGUUUUCAGUCCGUGGUGCUUGUGACCCGUGCCCCAUCUCCCCGUAUAGACAAAGAGUACCGAGCUGCAUUGCGUGCCAUGUCACCCACCAACCACCACCAUGCACCUGUCCGUGAGGUCCACCGUAGCCGCUCCUCUAUAACCAGUGGCUUGACGUCUCCACCUGGUAGUGAGGCUUACUACGGCGAGACUGACAGUGAUGCAGACGUGGCAGGCUAUGAGAGGCAGCGGCGGCAGAAACGCCGCAGUCCCAGCAACUCGAUCCCGGGAAAACCAACAGGACGAACCUCCCCUGAGGGCGGGGAGACAUCAGAGAUGAGUGGCUAUGACAGCGCUCCAGAUGCACAUGUUUACCCCAGUAUGCUGGAUGGACAUGGGGGAGAUGGAAAUGGAGGAGGGGGGCUACCAGGGGUGGCACGGAAGGAGGUGAUUUACCAGCCUCCUGGUCCAGGAAUGUGGUCCUCCCAGACAUCCACUGAGACCUCCUCCAUCAUCUCCUCAGCAGAUGACCAGGGGCCACGGGAUGGGGGGCAAGAGGAGGAUAGUGGCUUUCUAGAGCCAGCCAACGUGCCACUGGUAUCCCCUGAGAGGGCAAAGGAGGCCCUAAUGCUGGGCUCCCGCAGCCAGCUGGUGCCAAUGGUGGGUCCUGUGAAUAAACCUAUCGACGAGGAGCUUACUACAACCUACAUGGAAAAGGCCAAGCAAGCCAAACUGAACCGAGGGGAUACACCGCAAGACAAGCAAGUUAAGGAAGCUAAAAGCAAGUGUCGAACAAUUGCAUCCCUACUGACUGAUGCUCCCAACCCUCACUCCAAGGGGGUGCUGAUGUUCAAGAAGCGACGGCAGCGCUCCAAGAAGUACACCCUCACCAGCUUUGGUAGUGUGGAUGAGGAUAGGUGUCGGGACUCACAAGAGGAGGAUGGGGUAUUUCCUGGCAGCGAAUCAGAGUUUGAUGAUGAUGGCUUCUCAGCAGUUCCUGACCCAACAUGGGAUAGUGAAUACUUGGAUAUGCUGGAGAAAAGGGCAACUGCAGGGAUUGAAGGUCGUGGUGAUGGGACAGAGGAUGCCCCAAGUCCUGGGUUGAGUGACACUGCGGGCAAGGGUGCCCAGUUGUUUGAGCAGCAGAGAAAGAGGGUUGCUGAGCAUGCAAAGAAGGUAGAGGCGGAACAACCUCAGCCUCCUCCACAGUCUCAAGUCCAGGAGCAGGCUCAGAUGCAUUACUUGCAUCCAGAAAUGCAUCCACAUAUGCAACCAAAUCUUCAGCCUCAGCAGAUGAUAUCAACUGGCCCUACAGCUAUACAGCAAGAGCUGUCUGAGGCUCCAGGUCCAGUUGCAGCCCAUGUAAUGUCUAACUGUGACUUAUCCUACUCUGCAGUUAGUACAGCUAGCAUUGUGAUGUCACCUCCACCUGUUGGACCCAAACCAGCCACUGUCUCAGCAACUAUUCUGACCAGACCUGCACCACCAGCUGAAACACCAUUACCAGAACUACCUGCUAGUAAUGUUCUCAACAGAACGGCCCGUCCUUUCACUCCUGGCUUUAUCAGCAUUCGAGCUGCAACUGCCCCUGUAACGUUCCGACCACCUGUUACAAAGACGGCCCAGCGUCCUGCCUCAGCAGCUGUUGUGCCACCACCAUUCUCCACUGCCUCUGACCUGGGCAUUAAUGCUACAUCAGUAACAUCACAGCUACUCCCUGGUCCUCUGUCUCCACCAUUCUGUGUACCUCAACGUCCCUUUGCACCAACACCAGCAGCUCCUGUUACCCUUCACCCUCCAGCCAUCUGUACUUCUGUAGAGAAAAUGCAGUCAUCACCACCAGUAACUACUCUUCAUCAGGCUGCAUUCUCGACUGUGCCCCCAGUAUCUAUGCCUUCAAUGCCCCUUGCUCCACAAGCACCAAUGGCUCCAGCCCCAGUUCUUCCUGUAUCUCAAAUUCCUGGUUCAGCUGACCCAGUUGCCCCAUUGCCUCCACUUCAAGUACCAGGUCCUCAGCCACCCCCACCUCAAUUUUCCAUGGCACCUGUAGCUACAGUGUCAGUGGUCUCCCAGCCAGAGGCUGUAGCUCCAACCCCUAUUCCUGGUCCAACAGGUCGCACAGGAAUCUUACUUGAGGCUCGACGUCGUAGUGGCAAACCCAAACCUAUGUUCAAUGUGCCAGAUGUCACAAAGAAAUCCCCCAAUCCUGAUCUAUUGUCUAUGGUGCAGAACCUUGAUGACAGGUCCACCAGACACUCACAUGGACAACCACUGUCUGAGACUAUAUAUGAUGGCGCAGAGGAGGAGAGGAGUGGUGAGGUUGGCAUGGGGAGGGCACCUCCUCCAGUGGCACCCAAGCCUAGGGUCAUCCACGAAGCCCCACAGUUUCUUCAAGCUGGCGGAAAGGGGGCCCAGCUGUUUGCCCGCAGGCAGAGUCGCAUGGGUAUGUAUGUAGUGGACACUCCACCCGAGACCCCUUACCAGCAGGUGCCCUCACACAGUGUAGCCCAAACCCUUGACUCCUCCCCCAAUCCUUCCUCCCCAUCUUCGUGGAAAUACUCCCCAAAUGUCCGUGCCCCUCCACCCAUUGGGUACAACCCACUCCUGGCCCCCUCUAUCCCUACGGGGCCUCAGAGGGAUGGUAGCAAACCAGAGAGCAGGGGUAAAGGAGGCUCCCAACGAGAGGGCAUCAAGGCUUUGGAAUUCAUGAGAAGGCAGCCCUACCAGCUUAAUUCUGCCAUGUUCAACUAUGGGGGCAGUGCUACUAACCUAUUAGUCAUGCCUUCUUACCAGGCUCAGAGGCAGCAGCAGGGUGACUACUCAACAACAAUGGUGGGCAGCUCAUUAACCUCACCUAAGCAGAUCCCCCUCAAAACAGCCCGUGUCUUCGAGGUCAAGCGAUUCUCCACACCCACACCCAUGUCAGCUCCCACACUGGCUCCCAAAGUCAUUGCACCCCGCUCAGCCACUACCCUCGGAGAGCGCUUGACUCAUUCUGGCAUGAUAUCCCCACCUCCUGCUCCUUUUACUCUAACCCCAGGCCCUUUCUUUACACCAGCACCAGUUAGUGCCCCAACCACUGCUUCACUUCCCUCUCAACCAGCUGGACCACCCAGCCUCCCAAAAUUCUCUGCCACCCCUAUUCCAAACCCUUUGCCCCCUGCAGUCCCUACACCUUACACUCCAGUAUCAUACACCACUGGGCUCCAGAGAGCCAAGCAGUUCCAGAGUGCUCCUGAGCUCAGUAUCCUUGCCUCUUUGCCCCCGCUCAAGUCCAACCAAGUUCAGGCUCCCAAACCACGUUUUGUUGCAACCAAGGGAGGCGUCCAGCCCCAUGUCUGGAGACCUGGGGCAAUGUGAACAGCAGUAAAGUCACUACCACACCUGGACAUCUUUAUGUAAUAUUUAUUUAGUGCUGAAAUGACUAGUUGAUCACUGACAGAAAACUAAUCGGCAACAGUUUUGUUAAUUGGUUCAUUAUUUAAGUCAAGCAAAAAUGGUGAAUCUGCAUUGGUUCCAGUGUCACAAAUGUGACCAUAUUCUGCUUUGCUCUUCUUACCUCAUUGCAAAUUGAAUAUCUUUCAAUUUACAAUUGAUUAGUUUUGGGUGGUUGGUCAAACAAAUCAAACAUUUUGAAGAUAUCACCUUAUAUAAAUUGUAAUGGGCAAUUUUCUAAUUAAUUGACAUAACAUGACAAAACAUGAGGUGAUGAAGUGAUUCAAUAUAAAAUUAAAAUCCAGAUAGCAGUCAAGUUUUUGAAAUAUGUAGGAACUUGAAUAAUGGUCAUUGAUCAUAAACAUCUACUUCUAUUCAAAUGCUGAUUAUCACAUUUAUUUUGCUGCCAACACUGUAUCUGAGUGACAAUAAUAAAGUAUAGUAUAGACUAUACUAGCACAUACUGGAUGCUGUAUAGUCCAUCGUAUGCCUGUCCUGGGGGAGGUUUGUGUAAGGCUUCUGGAGAUCUCUUUCUACUAAUUUAGCAGAAAUACCAUCUAAACAGAGUCUGUACUGAAUAUUCUUUGAAACUUGAAAUGUCUGAAAGAUGUCGAAAAUGAAUUGUUGUGGUUCUGACCAUAGCAUUAAAUCACUGAAGAUGUUUGUUAUCGUAUGUUGACAGGUGGAGCAUCAUAAAGCAAAAAUAGCUGACUUUUAUCUUUGAACAUGUAAUUCUGUUAUUCAGUACAUGUCCCAUUAACUAAUGUGCACAAAUGUUUUUUACCCACUCUGUCUAGCAUUAUCCAGAAGAAACCAAUGAUGACUUCUUGUCCAGGGGUGUUAAUUAUGCAUGACCUGUUGAAAAUGUAAAAUGUUUUAACCGCCUUGUGCCAAAUACCUCUGCUCACUAUAGCCAGAGAGAAGUUGCUAUCUUUUUAGCAUGGAUCACAUUUAACAAGUGCCGGGGCUGUCACUGAAUGUACACUUGUCACUGGACAUUAUAGCUUACAUUAGGCACACCAGAGCCUCCUUAGUAUGAGUGUAAUCUUCGCAGAUAUAUGUAAAUUCUUAACUUUUAUUAAACAAAUAACACAGAUGAAGGAACGUGUAUUUUGUUUUGUUUAAUUGUGAUUUAAUCUGAAGUGAUGCAAGGGGAAGUUGACUGACUGAGAGGCAGUUUUAUUUAUAAAAUGGUUCAAGAAAUGAAAAUGGCUGUGGAGAGGGGGAAAAGGCAGUAUAUAGUUAAGCCAGUUACUGAAUGGGGCAUGGACCAUCAUUUCACAUAAAGGGUUAUGGACAGAUGUGGCAACAUGGCAAAACAUUGGGACUUCUGAAAUCUCACAGCCUGUAGUUGAAAGGGUUAAAGGAGGAUGGCCAGGAAAGUUUGGUACUUGAAUUUUGUUGGUAAAGCUAAAGAAGCUGAUGUAAAGAAGCACAGACGUUUAGCUGGUGUCUUUCCAUUAACAAUGGUUGCUAUUAAAAUGUAAAAAUAAACACAUUUAAUGGCUAAAUACAUUGAGAGACUAAGGAAAUGGAAACAAGUAAGAAACAAAGAAAUGAAUAUGUUGUUUUCAGUUGUGUGGGGAGAUAGUUUUGUUAUUUUUUUUAUUACCAUUUUUAAAAUGCAAUUUCUCUUAAAGCUUUUUCUAGUUUUAAUAAUAUUAUGUCUGUGAAAAAUCUAGAGUAUGGAUUUAAUUACGUUGAGGUGGAAAAAAAUGAUAAAUACAUGUUUCUGAAUGUAGUUGGAUAAAAUAAUCAGUGUGAAAAUGUUUGUAAUUAUUGCUGAGUAGACGUUUAUGCUGAGAUACAAGCCAUUUUUAGUUGAAUAAAAUUAAAUUUGAAAAGUC